AAUAACUGAGUGGCUAUAAUCUGCUAAAUACUUUCAAUGAAUCGGGUCAUUUAUGCGCGCAACUUGCCUACAAAACGUCGGAUAACAAAAACCGCAAACGGAUCGGUUAAAUUACUUAUACUGAACGUUAAAGCGGCGUUUUAAUCAGAAUUGUUUCCUACUGCUUGUUUCUGGGUUAUGUGCGCAAGACGUUUUCAUAAUUGGGGCAAAAUGGCGUAGUGGUCGUUUGGGGAAGAUACUUCAAUGUGCUUGGGGGCUACUUGGACUCCUAAUGCGCCUUCACGAAGUGGAGUACGGUACAGCAUACCGAGGGGUGUAAACAUCCACGACGUGUUUCGCGAGAAAGGGGUAACUGUUCAUUUCGAGGCAGUUGUUCUGGAGGACUAAUGUAUAUUUAACACUAUUUUGGGAGGUGGGAAGAGGAAGAAUGAAAGAGGUCUUCCAACAGAGCGGUCGCAAAUAUGAACGGUGCCCUGUACAUUUCGUUUUUCCAAGGUCAGCUGGAGUCCGCGCUGGAGCAGGUAGUGCAGCUCGCCGUUCAGGAAAUCACCAAGACUGUUGGGACGACUUUGAAUUCAAUGCUAUUGGAAACGGCCACCAAAGAGCAGGAAAAUCAGCGUUUGAGGGCUACCCUCCAGUCUCGGGGAGGGAACGGGAAAAGCAUUGCGUCUAAAGGAAAAACAGACACGAACGAUGAAACAAAGCAGCACACCCCCGGUCAGAGCCCUGGAUGUGGCGUUCAGUGCGAGACGCUCAGGCGUGAACAGAAAGCGCGAGCAGUUGGUCAGUUAAAAUCUGUUAUGGAACACGUGCUAAAAUUCGCCGUUUGUGAGCUGACUAAAAUCGUGGAAGACAGCUUUGACGACCUGCUCUCGGAGUUCACCAAGAAGGAGCGGGAAAACCAGAUAUUGAAACGGCAGUUACUGGACAAGAACAUAGGGGAGGACAGUGAUGCGGUUGCUGUGGAAACGGAGGACCACAAAAAUGACUCUCCCUCUCCGAGCAGUUCCAGAGUAGAAAAGCAAGAGCCGAAAGGCCUGCAGGACCAGUCACUCAAAAAAGAGCGCGAAAAGGAAAAAACUGAAACCACAAAUGAACCAGACAAGCAGACUGUCAUUGCAGUGGCUCAGGACUGGGUGCCCAUCCUGGACAAAGUCUUCGGGCAGAAGUGGUGCAGUGACCUCUGGCAGAUCAAAGAGGUCACCACCAGUAAAGAGGAGCGCACCGGGCUGGUGACCAACAUGGACAGCUUAAUUCGAGAGACGCUCAUGCCGUCUUGCCUGGCUACUCAGAGGAGGCUGGAGCUUGAGGUGGGGCAGCCACCAUGGUUGCCACUAGAGGAUAUGGAGGUUGUUUCUCUAACCUCGCAGACUGAAGGCGUUCCUGUCAUUAGCUCCACAGGUAACGACUCUCAAAUCAGAUCCCCGUCAAUGUUGCAAAGACUCCUGACGCUCCCUUCCCAGCUGCUCGAGGAUGACGAUGAGUCCAUGGAUGCCGUUCCCAGUCUGGAAGUGUCCAAAGACCCAGCUGAUCCACAAGACGGUAAGGGCUCAAAGAGUGACCAGAUAAUUAAGAAAGAGGAUGUAGACGAGGAAGACGAAGAAGAUGAUGAUGAGAUGACGGACUGGACUGAGUCCUUGAAACACAAAGGUAGGAGAAAAUCCCAUGCUUGCAAAGAGUGCGGCAGGAAGUUCAGCCGAGUGCAUCUUCUCAGAGCCCACCGACAAACGCACGAGGAGACGCCCAGCCGAUGCCCACAAUGUGGAAAGAGUUUCUCCCAGUCUUCAAGGCUCCAGGCUCACUUACGGACGCACACGGACAAAACAAUAUAAGAGCGCGAAGAUGGGGAAAAAAUUCAGGAGAAUAGGAGGGGAGGUUUUCCAGUGAUUAUUGCUUCCUGAAGUGAGUGAAACUUUUUCAUUACAAGUUGUGAAGGAAAUACAAGAAACGUGUCGCCUUUUUUGCUAGUUUGAAGGUACACUGAAGUAAACGGAUUAGUUAUCUGUCACAAUUUAAGAUGUUUUUACCUCCAUUUAAUUUCCCUAAUUUUAAGGAUUAUUGGAAGAAACAAAUACCAGUAACAACAAGCUGUGUACACAGUGUAAAUAUCAAUGUAGGGCUGUAUAGACCAUCAUAAUAAGGAUCAAAUAAUUUCCUUUUCCAUUGGGUGUUCUUUCAUAAUACAGGUUUUAAUAGAUCCUAAUACUCCGUAAAUAUUUUCAAUAUUGUGGAAAAGGAGGUCCCUUGCAGCAUGCUGGUCUUGUUUCUUUUUGCAAACCUUUUGAAUGUGAUCAGACGAACCAGAGAUAGUGUAAAGCAUCUCCUGCGAUCAAAUCAACCAGUUUUUAAUAUGUCCUUACUCAACAUUAAAUACCUCUUAUGUUCAGAUGUCAUACUGGGUUUUUAUAUAAUUAAAGUCUGGACGUACAUGUCAGAUUUGAGAUGUUUUCUUUAACGUUUCGCCAUGGAUGGAGGAUGGCUUCCAGAACUUGCACAACUGUCAUCAAUUGCAUGACGUGCACAACAAAGGAGAUCUUCAAGAGGAAUCUGAAGAGGAGAAGAUGCCAUGACAAGAAACUUGAAGCUCCCAACUCUUCAUAUUCUCGUUUCAGUGACUUGAAAAGAGGAUCUGACUUCCUUAGUAUGCUCAACUAGACUAGCGUCUUCCUCUACUGUUUGCGUGAAGUUUUUGCAUAUAUCUUGAACUUGGAGAUACGGUGGCAUGAAUUUGAAUAUGGAUCGUUAUCUACCAUUUUCAGAGAGGCAGAACGAUUCUGCGCUUACAAUUUACUCCCUGUAUCGAAAGGAUAUAGGUCCCACCUGUUCGCACAUUCCCACUCUCGACCCUGAAGUUUUACAAUAUCUCUGUCAGUAAUAAGCAUUAUGGGGGAAAAAAGUAUAAGGUGUUACUGUUACUUAUUGGAUCAAUACCUCAUCAAUGGGACCAUAUCUUUCGGGACUUCUGCAAUAUAAGGAGUUAAGGUCCUGCACAAAAAAAAAAAAAAAAAAAAAAAGUUUACAAAUGGAACGAGACCGGCCAGUUGGCCUGCUUAUUAUUUGAUUGUGCAUUUAAAAAUGUGGCUUAUUUUGUUUUACGCUACCUAAUAUGUCCCUGUAGGGAGGUACCAAGAACUUGCGACACAAAGAUUACAAUGAAGGGAAAUCUUUUUUAUGACCGUACAUUCUCUUAUUGGAUUGUAUUGCUUUUUUUAAACAAUAUGGGCCAUUACAUUUUACAUUAUGAACCCUAAGCUUCUUUUCAGAUGUAUUGAGGAUCUUAACUUCAUUAGUAGACUAUAAUGAAGUACUUCAUCUGUUUAGUGCUUAGAUUUAACCGCUCAAUAUGCUGAUUUUAUAGGUGGCGGUGAGGAUUGAGAGGUUAAUUUGUUGUUUAGUGCCCUGCCUGUAAAAACUUGGCAGAACUCUUUCUUGUGCUUAGUGCGUUCACCAGAACAUUCAACUCUAGAUAUUGUACUAGUUCUCUUUAAUUAUGUUAAGGCUGGUCAGAUCUGACUUCUGUGUAAUUACAAAUGUUAAAAUAACUCUGUAUGUUUCAUCGAUUCAGACUGCUGGGAGGAAUACAGGAAAAGGAUAGUUCCCCCCAAAAUGAAAAAUCUCUCAUCAUUUGCUCACCCCCAAGUCGUUCCAAACCUGUUGAACUGAAAAGAUAUUUUGAUCUGUAGGUUUCCAGACAGUUGCUCGUGUCACUUACCAGCGAAUGUUUUGCUACCAACAUUCUUCCAAAUAUCUAAUUUUGUCUUCAACUGAAGAAAGAAAUUUGUACAGGUUUGGAUCAACAAGAUGGUGAGUAAAUGAUGACACAGUUUUCAUUUUUGGGUGAACGGUCUCUUCAAGCUAAUUACAGCUCAUAGAUCCAAAAGUUUUUCCGUGGCUCAGUGGUAGAGCAUUGUGUUAGCAGCACAAAAGGUCAUGGGUUCAAUUCCGACGGAACACACAUACUGAUAAAAAAAUAAUAAUAAUGUAUAGCCUGGAUGCACUGUAAGUCGUUCUGGAUAAAAGGAUCUGCUAAAUGCGUACUCUCUGACAGACUGUAUUGCUUACGAAUCUCUGACAAAAGACUGAACAGGAACUGGUGAUAUUAGAAAGAGUGACAACAUCAUGGUAUUUUUCCAUUUGUUCUGGGUUACAGUAAGCAUUUUGAAUGAAUAUUGAAGGACUUGAAUUUUGCAUUUGACUAAAUGCAAUGAAACGGCCCCAUGUACGCCCAUCUAUUUAUGACUAUGAAUAAAAGAAUCUUAGCAUGUAAAAUCGCUUUGGGCUGCAGAUAUUUAUUCAGUUAGUACUGGCGAAUGUGUGAUGCAGUCUCUUGUAAAAACGACAUUGCAACUUUGUGCGGUAUGUUUGUUUGCGUGUGCGCGUCUGCAGUCACUGACUUUCCUUGAAGUGUGUCAUAACAAUAACUCAAUUGGCCGACGUUAAUACCCUGCACCUGUUAUUUUAUUGUUUUAUUGUAACUUUAUUUUUUAUGAAGCAAAAAAGCAACUUUCUGCCAAACAGUCUUGACACAUGAGCUUUGUGAUGCAGUCCAACAUUCGCCUGGGGAACUGCACUAUUCUAAUGAACUACUUGAGAAUUUUGCCGUUUUGUUUUAUGUUAUGCAUGAUGACUCCUUUUAGCGGUUUUAUUACUUUUUUAAGUAUCUGCAUUGUCAUGUAUUGAAAAGAACACUUGUUGUGACAGACCAAUUGGAUCAACUCUUUUCCAUGGAUUAUGGUUAGUUUUCUGUUUUGUUAUGGCAUAGUUGCUCUGAAUGGAUUAUAGACUUCAGAAUUUGACCAAUAUAUGCAAAGUAUUACUUUUGUACCAUUUUCCUUUACUUUUUAAUUUUUUUACUCCAGUAUAUAUUUUGCACUGUUUUCCUGCUACUCCACACAUCCAUACCUCAGUUUUUUUGGUAUUCUGAAAGCAUUGCUUAGUUCAUUACCUCAGGACUCAUUCGCAUAGUUUUAUCGUAUUUAUGGCGAAAGUAGACAAAUACAAGAGCUCUGUUUAAAUUUGGGUUUACAUUCAGUAAUAUUUUUUGUUGAAAUAAUCAUCUAUAAAUUGGGGGAAAAAGUGAUGGGGGAUUAAUGAAAACUUUCUAUUUAAUUAAUAUUGUUAAUUUACAGAAAAUGCACAUUGUGAUCCCGGUAAUUAUGAACCACGUAGAAAAUAAAUUCUAAAUCUUUAUCUUUAAAUGUUGCAUAAAAUUUGGUCAACUUUUGAAAGUUGUUGUUAAAGUGAAGUUGUGUAAGUUUUUUUUUUUUUUUUUCUUUUCUUCAUCUUUUAGGAGUGCCUGUUGUUGUAACCAGCAUUAAUUUCUACUUCUUUUACAAAAAUAAUAUUUAAACUAUCACUGAAAUGUCUUUUAAUGUGACUGGAAGAUGUUGUACAUUUGAAUUAUAGCAAUACAUUAAAAAGGUGGAAUAUUGCAUCGAU